UGCGCGUCCAUGCCGUGUGAAAAUGGAGGCACAUGUUUUGACGAAGUCAACGAUUUCAGGUGUACCUGUAUGCCUGGGUAUACUGGCAAAAACUGUUCCGUCGACAUAAACGAAUGCGAAUCAUCACCAUGUGAGAACGGUGCUACCUGUACAGACCUCAUCAACGACUAUGCAUGUAACUGCACAGCUGGUUUUGAUGGAAAGAACUGCUCUAAUAAUAUCGAUGACUGUGAGUCCUCCCCUUGUGAGAAUGACGGAACAUGCGUGGAUCUUGUGGAUGACUUUGAAUGCCGCUGCACUCCCGGGUUUGAGGGAAACAACUGCUCAGUGAACGUUGACGAGUGUUCUUCCAACCCUUGUGCAAACGGAGGCCUGUGUGUGGAUGAGAUCAAUGGAUAUCAGUGCUUCUGUGUACCAGGAUUUAUUGGUGAGAACUGCAGUAUCGACAUUGAUGAGUGUCUGACGGCGGCAUGUGAAAACGGCGCCACCUGUACAGACCUGAUUGAUGACUACAACUGCACCUGUGCUCCAGGCUGGAGUGGAGAGAACUGCACAGAGAAUAUCGACGAAUGCCUGUCCAGUCCGUGUGGUGUCGGCACCUGUGUUGACGACAUCAACGGGUACAACUGUUCGUGUCCACAAGACAUCUACACUUACGACAACCACUGUAACAUCAUCGAGCCAUGCAGUUCCAACCCUUGCCAGGCAAACACAACAACAACAUGCAACAACACCAUUGUAAACAACAUCUAUACGUACAUCUGUGUCUGCAUCGCAGGGUCUGAAGGGCAAAACUGUGAACAGAACAUCGAAGAAUGUGUUGUCAACAAUGUUCUGUGUGAAAAUGGAGGGACUUGUCAGGAUCUUGUUAACAACUACACAUGCGAAUGUGCUGCUGGGUUCACUGGACAGCACUGUGAGGUGAACGUAGACGAAUGUGAGGCUAACUUCUGUCAGAACGGCAGCACCUGUGUUGAUGGUAUCAAUGGUUACACUUGCAGCUGUGCUCCAGGGUUCAAAGGUCAGUACUGUAACGAGACCAUUGACAGGUGUGAGGAUUCGCCUUGCUUGAAUGGUGCGACGUGCACUGAUACACCAAAUAGUGUCACAGGUUUACCGUUCACAUGUCAGUGCGCGACCGGCUUCAACGGCACAUUCUGCGAAGUAAACAUUGACGAAUGCGUGUCCUUUCCUUGCCAAAAUGGCGGAAUCUGCCAAGACGGCAUCAACGAAUAUCGGUGCGUAUGCCAGCCUGGUUUCAACGGAACCAACUGUGAAAUCGACAUUGACGAGUGCGCAACCGACUUUUGCGAGAACGGUGCCACCUGUCGCGACGAAGUUAACAACUAUACCUGUAUCUGCGCAGCGGGAUUUGAAGGAGGAAACUGUGAAAUCAACACGGACGAAUGUGCAUCAAACCCCUGUAACCCACAGACUGGGAUAUGUGUAGACCAGACCAAUGGCUACACCUGUUUCUGUUCAAACGGUUGGACUGGAAGUGACUGUAGCGAAAAUAUUGACGACUGCGAAAGUCUCCCGUGCGUGAACGGUGCAACCUGUAUCGAUGGCCUUGGAAGCUACAAUUGCUCGUGCUUGCCGGGAUAUGAGGGGACGGACUGUGAGGUUGAAAUUGACGAGUGCGAAUCUGAUCCGUGUCAAAAUGGUGCGGCGUGUAACAAUGGCAUUGACGAGUACACUUGCAGUUGUGUGCCAGGCUUUGCUGGGACCAACUGUGAGAUCAACAUCGACGAUUGCGAUCCUCAACCCUGUCAAAAUGGCGGCACUUGUCUGGAUGGCGUAAACGACUACUUCUGCCUCUGCACGUUCCCAUAUGUCGGUCGGAACUGCUCCCAGCUUCCGUGUGAACAGUCGCCGUGUCAGAACGGGGGAAACUGCACGCACACGGACUUUGCAGUGAACGAUGGGUAUGGUUAUACCUGUAGCUGUCCCGCUGGUUUCAUAGGUCGUAACUGUGAGCUGAACUUUAACGACUGUUGGACCCGGCCAUGUGUGAACGGAUUUUGUCAGGACGGCAUCAACAGCUUCAUCUGCUUGUGUGAUCCUGGGUGGGCCGGAGCCUUGUGUGAUCAGCCCAUAGAUGACUGUAUAGACAACAUGUGUAGGAACGGCUCUACUUGUGUGGACAGGCACAUGGGCUACAUCUGCAUCUGUCCGCCUGGGCUGGAGGGGACGUUCUGCGAGGUCAACAUCGACGAAUGUCUGACAGCAAACUGUCAGAACAACGCUACAUGCGUGGACUUGUUCAACGACUACAGGUGUGACUGCUUGCCUGGCUGGACUGGGAAAGACUGUGAAUCGGACAUCCCAGAAUGCAGCUCCAACCCCUGCCUCAACAACGGUACCUGUUUCGACAACGUGGACGGAUUCGUGUGCAACUGUCCGCCAUUUUACACCGGCCAGAACUGCUCCCUGUCCUUUGACCCUUGUGAUCCGACCUAUGACCCCUGUGAGAAUGGUGCCACCUGUUUGACCAAUCAGGAUGGGACAUACAGUUGCAGUUGCAUUCCAGGUUUCACGGGGAUGAACUGUGAAACCAACAUGGACGACUGUGUCCCCGACCCGUGUCAGAAUGGAGCUCGCUGUGAGGACCAGGUGAACGAUUACGUCUGCCACUGCCUCCCAGGGUUCACCGGGAAGAACUGUCAAACCGACAUCGACGACUGUCUGCCUGGGAUCUGUCAGAAUGGAGCCACUUGUCUUGAUCUUGUGGAUGGGUACAAUUGUAGCUGUGCACCUGGCUAUACAGGACAGAACUGCAGUGAAGAUAUUGACGAGUGUGCCUCGUCACCCUGUGAGAACGGUGCCACAUGCAGGGAUCUGAUUGGUCAAUACGAGUGUGACUGCUUUCCUGGAUUUGAAGGCCAGAACUGUGCCUCAGAGGUGGAUGAGUGCAGCAGCGCCCCCUGUGUCAAUGGUGCGACCUGCAGAGACCUGCUGAAUGGCUAUGACUGCACCUGUGCGGAGGGGUUCACUGGCACUGACUGUGAGGUCAACAUAGACGACUGUGUUCCUGAUCCUUGUGUCAAUGGAGUCUGUCAGGAUUCGGUGAAUUCGUACAACUGUGUGUGCGCCCCUGGCUGGACUGGAGAGAACUGCACCGUUGACAUUGAUGAAUGUUCCAACAACCCUUGUCAGAAUGGUGGCACCUGUACUGACAGGGUCAACGGAUUCACCUGUGCAUGUUCACCCGGAUAUACAGGACCCAACUGCACAUUUGACAUCAAUGUCUGUGAGGCUCCUGGCUUCUCCCAGUGCCAAAAUGGUGGCUCCUGUGUCGAUGGACCAGGGAAUAACUUCACAUGCAGCUGCAUGCCAGGCUAUGCUGGUCCCUACUGUGAGGUAGAUGUGAAUGAGUGUAACUCUGACCCAUGUCAGAACGGUGCCACCUGUCAAGAUCUCAUCAACGGCUUUAACUGCAACUGCACAACAGGUUGGACUGGAGAAACCUGUGCAGAUGACACUGACGAGUGCAGCUCCGACCCCUGUCAGAACAAUGGAGUGUGCCAACAGCUGGCCCCAGGAUCAGGCUACCGCUGCUUCUGUCCUCCGGGCAUCCAGGGCGACAACUGCGAGGUCAACUUUGACGACUGCUUCAGCGAUCCUUGUCAAAACGGCGCCACCUGCGUAGACGCCAUCAACGGAUACGCCUGCAGCUGUGCCCCUGGCUACAAUGGGACUCACUGUGAGAUCGACAUUGAUGAAUGCAGCAGCUCCCCCUGUCAGAAUGGAGCAAACUGCACCCAGCCGUACCCUGGUGUCUACGAGUGCCUGUGCUUGGACGGCUUUGCUGGAAUAAACUGCGAACACAAUGACACCUGUAUCAAUAAUUUGUGCCAAAAUGGAGCAACAUGCGUGGCCUACCCAACCAACUACACAUGCGUGUGUGCAGCCGGUUUCACAGGGACGUUCUGUGACGUGGUCACCACGACACCAGGUACAAGCACUGCCGUGUGGAUCAGUAGUAGCACAAGUAGUGUAGAUAGAACUAGCACGCUAUUCAGCACCCAAAUAACACCGGUUGAUGUGAUGAGUGUGACUUCGAUAACUGCAUUUCUAACCCCGACCAGCGUUCACCUUCCAGCAAGUACAGAUGAUUUACUAACAUCACCACUUGUCUCUGUAGCGACAAUAACACCAGAGUCAACCAUGGAGCAGUCACUCAUAACAAUGUCAUCCUCUGUUACCACCUUACCAUCAAUAACAACUAACGCAUACCCGACAUCAGCACUGUCACUUAGCAUCUCAUCCACUGCAACAUCUAACCCAUCAGCUUCUGUAGAACUGUCUGAAGUAACCAUGGCAACCCAAACUGUCUCCAUAGCAACAAGCAUACAGCCUACCCUGCAACCCACCUCCACCAACCUGCAGCUGGCUAGCACUCCACCACUGCUGCUAACAACAUCUCUCAAUGCAUCAGACAUUCAAACUUCAGU